AAAAGUUGGUUUCCAAUUCGAUAUAGCUUUCAUUUCCAUCGGCACGUCUCAACGUAAUUGAUUCUGGUGAACAUAACCUGCGAAAAGAAAAAGAAGUUCAUUUGGUAUAUUGCUAUAUAAUUGACUGACCCGACGCGUCAGGCAAAUGUUAGUCUGCACAUGAUGCCGAAAUAUUUGUUUUGGAAGUACCAAUUGAAAUCAUUGUCAUAAUGAUGAUAUGUUGGCGAAGUCUAAGGAGGACUAUACACAACCCCUUCGUGUUUAUCAGUAUUGUAUGUAUUUGUGGACUCUUCUCAUUUUUUCAUGGAUUUCGUGGUGGUUUGGUGUCCAGGGGAAAUCUAUUUGAAAACCAAAGAGAAUUGGGCAAACCGAAUGAGAAAAGAACAUAUCCCUUCGAAAACCACAGAGGGUGGCAUAACAGAACAGUUAGAACAAGGGCAGACGUGAAUGCUCAGAUGUACAAGGUUUCAAAUGGCACCGAAUAUGACGACUUUGUCUCCUCAAAAGCAAGUUGGCAGGGGAAUGGUGAGAGUGAAGAUGCCACCAAAAAAGUUGGGGUAUCUUGCAAGCUUGGAUUGAGGAGAGAGCUCAAUAGCCAGUUCCAAUCUCAUACCGAGGAUGUGGACCUUGGAAUCGUAGAAGAUUCCAUCUUCGACAACAAGAGAACCAGCGUCGUGCUGUACGUGGCGAGGAUGCGCGCCAUCUUGGACCACGUCAUGAAUAGACUCCCGUCCAGUCGUUUUAUCAACCAUGAUGGAUACAGGCGAGAGAACGAGCGGGGAAUACAAAUAGGAAACUACACGUAUUAUGCUGGCGGGCACUGGGUGCCACUGGAUUGUGAGCCUAGAUGGAAGGUAGCUAUUGUCAUCCCGUUCAGGAAUCGACAUAAGCAUUUGUCUAUCUUGAUUCGAAACCUCAUACCUCUUCUGAAAUUGCAAAACCUCGAGUUCAGGAUAUUUGUCUCGGAACAGGACAACGAUAUGAUAUUCAACCGUGGGAUGAUGAAGAACAUUGGGUAUCUGGAGGCUCUCCGGUUCGGCCGAUGGGACUGUGUUGUAUUCCACGAUAUAGACCAGAUCCCGAUGAAAGGGGCGAAUUACUACGGCUGUGACGGUAUGCCAAGGCAUUUCUGUGCAAGGCCAGAGGAAAUGGGAUUCAGACCCGCGUACGAACUGCUAUUCGGCGGAGUUGUGGGAGUGACAGAAGAACAGAUGACAAAAUCAAACGGCUAUUCCAAUUUCUACUGGGGUUGGGGAGGAGAAGAUGACGAUUUAUUAAAACGACUGUACAGCAGCGGCUACAAUCCGACACGUGACCUACGUGAAGGAUUCUAUAGGUCGCUCAACCAUACAAAGAAAACAGAAAACGAAAUGUGCGAUGAGGCAUACUGUCUACUAGAUAACUACCAAAAGCGAAUGCCGUGGGAUGGAGUGAACAAUAUAACAUACACCGCGAGCCGACUGAAGCUAUCACUCCUUUAUACUCAAAUUUCUGUUGAUGUCAGACGUGCGAAGUGGAACAGUGGUUUUAGUCCGUGCUCGAUAACUGAAACUGUGGUGGACACUGAUGAAAGUGUGAGAUGACGACGGCAUAGGGUUAUUCAAUCAUUUGAUUAUUUUAACAGUUGACAUUGCCGUAUUCUUCCUCGGCAUGCAAGAUAAAUAUUGUUAGGAUGUGACUUCUUCUCGAAAGUUCACCGGAUCUUCUUCAAAAUCAAGAUGUGGAUCCGUCUUUGAUGACAAAACUGCCCCCAACUUGCCAAAGUAGCGAGUUAGUUGGUGUCUACAGAGUACCACACCAUGAGGUGUUAAUAUUAUACACCCAACAGAUUGAAAAUAACACCAAAGAGUGUAAAUGUAACAACCAAAGAUGUUGAAUAACACAAAUACGUGUUAAACUAACACAGUGACUGUCAAGUUAACACCGGAGUAAAAUAACCGGUGUGGUCCUCUAUGUACACCGGUUAACACCACAGUGUUUGCUAUGCGGAAUGAAUCCUACAAAGCAGCAAAUGCUUUAAAACUGCAAGUCACAGUGAAGUCUUUGUCGAGGGUCGGUGAAUCGGUACCGCAGUUUCGUCCGACGUUUUAAGGCGACCGCACACCUUACGAUUGGUCUGCGACUCAAUUUUGGAAUAAAACUUAGUAGAAUUUGAUGCUAAUAUUGAGACUUGAAAUAUCUUACUGUGUAAUGUUCGAAAUCAUCGUACGAAUACCUAUGUUCAAAUCUGUGCCUAUGCUAUCAUCCUUCUUAGAAUAAAAGCGAAUUUAAUAUCUAGUCGUAAUGACGUCAUAGCAGUCGUACGAUUGGCUACGAUUUGAAACUAAUUUGGCUUUUACUCCAAAAUAAGGACUUGCAAUCUUUCAAAAUUGUUAUAAUAUUUUUAUUUCAAUUAAUUUUAACCUCAAAUAAAAUGAUAUGUUCCAUUCACAUUUUCAGAAAUUGAGCAAAAUGCGAUUUGUUCCAAAAUCGGGUCGCAAACCAGUCGUAAGGUGUGCGGUCGCCUUUAGAGCUGACGAAAUAUCGUAGAUAUGUCGUUUGUCCAGCAGAGUCAUGGACGUAAGUGCUCAGCCUCGAUUCACCGGCCCUCGAAAAAGAUACAAAGGACACUUGACAAUAGAUUCUCUACGUUCCAGAAGCGUCUGCGUAGCUGUUGUGAAAACUCCUUAAUGGCGUUUACACCAGCUCGUCCGAUGGACCAUACUAAGGAGUUUCGUAUUUUACACGACGGGUGCUUUUACGACGAUGGAACUGACAGUAGACCAGUUCGUAGUUACUUCAUGGACAAUUUUGGUCAAAUGACCUUUCAUUUCUUUCAUUAUGAUAGGCAGAUUUCAAAGCAAGAUAUUACGUAAGCUUGCCUUACAUAGCAGGAUGAAGAAAUUGAAUAGACCAUGUGACUAGAAUAGCACAUCAAUAAGCACUAUAUGAAGGUAUUAGUUGCAUUUCUACUUUGAAUGCAUAUUACCAGCAUGUUGUACAACGUAGGCCUACUUGGCAAACUGUGAAAUACCAGGCGUUCGUGGACGCAUUGUUCUUUUUUGUGGAUGUAAAUGAAAAACGCAAUUCAAAAGAAUAUAUGAAUAACCAAGACAUCAAAAUUAGUGCUUAUCUCAUUAAAUUUUAAACCACCAUGUCACUUUUGUACCAAUGACCUUCCUCUGAUCAUGCGCAGAGUGUAACUACGAACUGGCUUAUUGGAUCACUGAUCCGCACAAGUUUCGUUUGUCCUCCAUGUUUUACCGGGUUUUUUUUUUUUAUUGAUCAGCGUCGUGUUGAAAACGACAAGUUCUUUGAGUUUUGGUCACGUGAUAUUACUACAUUAUGUCAACUCACGAACAAAGUAAAUGUAUUGUAAAUGCAAGUCAAAUCACAAUGUACAGCUGGGAGGUGAUUGUCGAAAAUUGGUGAACCGGAACAGCAAAGUAGUCCUAAGUUUCGGAGCUGAAGACAAAUUGCAGUUUGCCCAGAGUUCAGGAGAGGACGAAACUGCUGUUCUGAUUCACCAAUUCUCGACAAAUAAUAAAUUCUUGGUUGCUUUUUGUCAUAAAAAGGACAUUUGACAAUACAUUUUCGAGUUUCUUGAAACCGUUCUGCGUCGCGGUGUUAAAACACACUUCUUGUUUUUUCGUACACAGCAAAAGCUGUGGUGUUAACCGGUGUACAUAGAGGACCAAACCAGUUAUUUUACACCGGUGUUAAAUUGAGUGUUAGUUUAACAACUAUAGAUUUGAUUACAACACCUUUGGUUGUUAAAUUUACACUCUUUAGUGUUAUGUUCAAUCUCUAGGAUGUAAUUUUUACACCUCAGGGUGUGGUUCUCUAUUAACACCAACUGGUGUCAGUUUUAACACCACAGUUUUUACAGUGUAUGACGGAAACACUUCAACACCAAUGCCACAGACAUAUUGAUCAAACGUCGUAGAAGUAAAAGUCCAAAACGCAUGCCUUGUUAAUACUGGCCCUCGUACAAAUCGCGAAUAGCAAACCGCCUGUUAUACUCGAUGACGUAAUGUUGGUCCAUUUCCCUGUUCGACUGAAAUAUAUCUAUAUAAGUGACUAUUAUGUUAUACCAUGCAAUAUAUACAAACAUUGGAAAAAUGUUUAAUUUUGAAUAAACAU